CGCGGGGGGCGUGGCUUUGCGCAAUCGGGGACUCUCUGGUAGCCGUCGAGAUGUGAAGCUUUUUUCCGAAAGCGGAUCCUGGAUGAAUGGAAGAUUACUUUGGCUCGGCAAAUGACCAGUCUGCUGAAAUAUCAUGCUAAACCUCACAAGGCAAUGGAUGAUCUGUCUGCACUGACUAUUAACAUCAAGAAAAGUGAAGUACUCUGCAAUCUCUGGAUAUUACGGUGUCUGUGCUGAAAGAAGGCGGGAUAAUUUUUUGAGCAACAUAGAGCAGUAUCCCAUGGGUGCUGGCCCCCACUGGAGAGCUCUAAUAUCUGUCAAAAGUGCUUGGAAUGACCCUCACAGGAUCACAUAGUCUGUUCAAUCCAGGGGCCUUGCUGAUUGUAACAACCUCAUGUAUCCCAUGUUAAUAAUGCUGUGAUGACUUUUUUUAGACUUUUACAAGUGCAAUGUAAUCUCCAGCUUUUUACAAAGGGAAAUGAAGGGUUUACGGACCUUACCAUACAGCCUGCAUUUGACACUUGCCAUGACCUGCGGUGGGCUACAGUAACAAUGUGACCUUAACUUGCUGUUUCUACAGCCCUAAGAGGCACCCUGACUAGGAAUUCCCUGCCAGUCCCUAAGCUUUCUGUAACACAGGGUAUUCACCACGUGUUGCCAUGAUGUGUGAGGUGAUGCCUACCAUCAGCGAGAGUGACCCCUUGGGGUCACAGCCUGGUUCUGAUUCUGAUGCCAACUUUGAACAGCUGAUGGUGAACAUGCUUGAUGAGAGAGACAAACUGCUAGAGACUCUUCGGGAAACUCGUGAGACUCUGUCGGUGACUCAGGGCCGGCUACAGGAGGCCUUGCAUGAGCGAGACCAGUUGCAGAGGCAACUGAACUCUGCUCUCCCUCAGGAAUUUGCAACACUGACCAGGGAACUCAAUGCAUGUCGAGAGCAGCUUCUGGAAAGGGAAGAGGAGAUCUCUGAGCUGAAAGCAGAGCGCAAUAACACAAGGCUUCUGUUAGAGCACUUGGAGUGCCUGGUCUCAAGGCAUGAACGUUCUUUGAGGAUGACUGUGGUAAAGCGGCAGGCUCAGUCUCCAUCGGGUGUCUCCAGCGAAGUUGAAGUUCUAAAAGCACUGAAAUCUUUGUUUGAACACCAUAAAGCAUUAGAUGAGAAGGUGAGAGAGCGCUUGCGGGCAGCACUAGAGAGAGUAGCUACACUAGAAGAACAGUUGGCAAGUGCCCAUCAGCAGGUGAGUGCUCUCCAGCAAGGUCCUUCUCAGAGGGAAGCCCCUGUGGGAGAAGAUGACAAAAGGACUGAGGGAAAAGAGCCUGGUCAGAAGAUGCUUUGGAAAAGACUUCCUAAUGGAUCUAUACACCCAGAUGAUGAGGCAAGUCGGUCUGUAGAACUGCAGGAACUUUUAGAGAAGCAAAACUUUGAGCUGGCACAAGCGAAAGAGCGGUUAUCUGCUCUGGCUGCCAGUGUUGCUGAGCUGGAAGAAGAUCUAAGCACCGCCAGGAGGGACUUAAUCAAAUCAGAAGAAAUGAGCAGCAAGUACCAGAGGGACCUACGAGAGGCUUUGGCCCAGAAAGAUGAUAUGGAGGAGAGGAUCACCACCCUGGAGAAGCGCUAUCUGGCAGCUCAGAGAGAAGCCACUUCUAUUCAUGAUCUCAACGACAAACUAGAGAAUGAGCUUGCUAAUAAAGAUUCUCUUCAUCGCCAGUGUGAGGAGAAGGCACGGCACCUCCAGGAGCUUCUAGAACUGGCAGAGCAGAAGCUGCAGCAGACAAUGCGGAAAGCAGAGACGCUUCCAGAGGUGGAGGCUGAACUGGCCCAGAGGAUAGCAGCACUCACUAAGGCAAAGGAAAGGCAUGGCAGUAUUGAAGAGCGACUACGGCAGUUGGAGACUCAGUUGGAGGAAAAGAACCAAGAACUAGCAAGGGCCCGUCAGCGGGAGAAGAUGAAUGAGGAGCAUAACAAACGGUUGUCUGAUACUGUGGAUAGGCUGCUAAGUGAGUCCAAUGAGCGCCUACAGCUUCACUUGAAAGAGCGGAUGGCAGCCCUAGAAGAAAAGAACACAUUGUUACAAGAACUGGAAAAUACCCAAAAACAGAUUGAAGAGCAGCAACAUGACAAGAGAAGGCUGUCAGAUGAAAUUGAGAAACUGAGAUUAGAAAUUGACCAAUUAAAGACAAGAAGUGGAUCUUUUAUUGACAGCGUCCAUACAAGGUCUCUUGUUGGAAGUACUCCAGACCUCCGGUAUCCCCUGAGUACUAUGGUCCAUGCACCGAUUGAGCCCUUUGGAACACCAUCUAGCCUUCACCGGGCACCAAAGAGCCGAUUUGCAACUCUGCGGGAAGAACCCUCCAAGGACUGGGAACUUGCUCAACCAGGUGGAGUCUUGGCCACCACAGCUCACACCUUUGAGAGUGAUCCAGAGAUCUCUGAUGUUGAUGAGGAUGACCAGGAGACAGUCUUUAGCUCUAUGGACAUGCUGUCUCCUAGUGGUCACUCAGAUGCUCAGACCCUUGCCAUGAUGCUGCAGGAACAGCUGGAUGCUAUUAAUGAAGAAAUCAGAAUGAUCCAAGAGGAGAAAGAGUCCACAGAGCUGCGUGCUGAACAGUUGCAGAGCCGGGUCACAAGUAGUAGUAUGGAGGCCCUGAAUCUUACACAGCUGCGCAAGAGGGCAUCCAUCCCCACCUCCCUGACUGCCUUGUCCUUGGCCAGCUCUUCUCCUCCUAUCAGUGGGCGCUCCACUCCCAAGCUCACCUCCCGCAGUGCAGCUCAAGAUCUUGAUCGAAUAUGCAGUAUGACCCUGCCCAGUGACUUGAGGAAACACCGAAGAAAGCUGCUUUCACCAGCAGGUCGGGAUGAGAGUCGAGAAGAUAAAACCACCAUAAAAUGUGAGACUUCUCCUCCUUCCUCACCCAGGACCCUCCGGCUGGAGAAGCUUGGACACCCUGCAUUGAGUCAGGAAGAAGGCAAGAGCUCUUUGGAGGACCAGGCCAGUAACCCCAGCAGCAGUAACAGCAGCCAAGACUCUCUGCACAAAGGCUCCAAGAGAAAAGGCAUCAAAUCUUCUAUUGGACGUUUGUUUGGAAAGAAAGAGAAAGGCCGCUUGAUUCACAUGAGCAGAGACGGUGCUACUGGCCAAGUUAUGCUGACAGAUUCAGAGAUCAACUUUCAGGAUACUCUUGGUCUUGGCAAGCUGGGAGCUCAAGCAGAGAAAGACCGACGGCUAAAAAAAAAACAUGAGCUUUUGGAAGAUGCUAGAAGAAAGGGCAUUCCCUUUGCUCAGUGGGAUGGCCCAACUGUAGUGUCUUGGCUGGAGCUUUGGGUGGGCAUGCCUGCCUGGUAUGUUGCAGCAUGUAGAGCCAAUGUGAAGAGUGGUGCCAUCAUGUCUGCUUUGUCAGAUACAGAGAUACAGAGAGAGAUUGGCAUUAGUAAUGCCCUUCACCGGUUAAAGCUGCGUUUGGCCAUUCAAGAAAUGGUGUCACUUACAAGCCCUUCAGCUCCUCCCACCUCAAGAACAUCAUCUGGAAAUGUCUGGGUCACACAUGAGGAGAUGGAAACGAUGGCAACUUCAACCAAAACGACACUAGCUUAUGGAGACAUGAACCAUGAGUGGAUAGGGAAUGAAUGGCUUCCCAGUUUGGGCCUCCCUCAGUAUCGUAGCUAUUUCAUGGAGUGUCUUGUAGAUGCAAGAAUGUUAGAUCAUCUGACCAAGAAAGAUCUCCGAGUGCACCUGAAGAUGGUGGACAGUUUUCAUCGAACAAGCCUGCAAUAUGGUAUUAUGUGCCUGAAGAGACUGAAUUAUGAUAGAAAGGAACUGGAGAGAAGGCGAGAGGAGAGCCAGCAUGAAAUCAAAGAUGUGUUAGUCUGGACCAAUGAUCAAGUCAUUCACUGGAUUCAGUCCAUUGGACUUAGAGAAUAUGCCAACAACAUCAUUGAAAGUGGAGUCCAUGGGGCACUCAUAGCUUUGGAUGAGAAUUUUGAUCAUAAUAGUCUGGCACUUGUAUUACAAAUACCUACUCAAAACACUCAGGCACGGCAGGUGAUGGAGAGAGAAUUCAACAAUCUGCUUGCCUUGGGCACUGAUAGAAGGCUUGAUGAUGGUGAUGAUAAGAGCUUUCGGCGGACCCCUUCUUGGCGAAAACGUUUCCGACCACGAGAGUUUCACAGCAUCAAUAUGCUUAGUGGGUCAGCAGAGACUCUCCCAGCAGGGUUUCGGGUGACUUCCUUAGUACCUCUGCCGCCUCCUUCAGCACCACCGAAGAAAAUGCCACCAGAAGUUGGUGCAUCUGGGUCCCAAAGACUGGAGACGUCUACAGUUCGUACAUACUCCUGCUGAAAUUCAGUUUCCAAUGAGACUUGGCCCAGGCCCCAGCACAUUCCCACUACUUGUAUGGUUAUACACUGGCUGCUUUCCGUGAGUAAGCCAGAGACCAGACUAUGCUUGCUCCUUGGCUCCAAAGAACGGAAGCUCCAGGCCACCUGUUUCAGGCCACAAGGCCAAAAGGACAAUCUUCCUCCUGCUUGUACACAACCCCUGGUCUCCUGUUUGGUGUCCUUAAACCCUAAUUAUAUCUGUGGUUUCCCACUUCUCUCUCUUCCUUCCCUUGGUUAUCAACCCAUUCCUUGCUGAGAAAGGGAACAGGCUUUUCUUGCCCCAGGUCAGUCGUUUGCGUGAUGCUGUGAUCUUGACAUAGGUCUAGUAAGACAUGGAGACACCCUGAUUUUGUUCAGCAGUUGUCCCUGCACCACUAUCUGCCUGUGCUUCACUUUGCCAUUAUGCCAGAGAGCAGCAGUGCUGUUGGGGCCCUGUAAGACUAUCUCCAAGGAAAUAAGGCAAUGAGAAUAUUGGAAACUCCACCUUGGAUCUCUCCUUGAGGCAUGCCAGCUUCUAUUGGGACUGGCCACUAUGCCCAAGAAAGAAAGAGAGAAUCUGCCCAUGGACAAUGUUAGCUCUCAGAAAUGGAAGAGCUAGGGCUAGAAACAGGGCAAAAUGCUGGUUGCUGGAGGGAGAGAGAGAUAAUCUAUCAAGCAAGUGUGUAUGUCUUCCAGGUCCCAUGUCAUGUAUCAGAUCUGUUGCUGGGAGUACAAAGUGCAGUCCGCACAUUUCUUUUGGGUACACAAUAAGUGCCCUCUCUGUCCCUUGUAGACAAACAGAAAAUUCCCUCUUCUCUUUGCAUUUACAGGUAGCCUGUGAUCCAGAAGAUUCCUAGCUCUUUCUGUUUCUUCCUUCUAGGGUAGGAUCUGUUUGUCUCCUCAUGCUGCCUUUGCCUUGUGUGGCCCCUUAUUACUGACGUGGUAUUUCUUGAUGGCUGGAAUGCCCUAUACUCAUACCGUGCUGUUUGGAAGUGCAAUAUCCAAGAGACUGUACAGUUGCAAUGUCUUUUUGGUGUACUACUUGCCUAAUACAGUAUUAAAUAUUUUUUUAAUUUAAAGAGUAACUGAUCCCUUUAUAUCAAUAACCCAUUUCUUUUGUCAUAUUGGUACUG